AUGUCGAAACUUGGUCUCAAUAGGUCAGCCUUCUCCGCCAGAGACACCGUGUGUCAUAUUUGGAAAGGCCUAGGGCUCCCAGAAGAAACACUGAGCUCUCUAUAUAUUACCGGGAAUGAAUCACUUCUACCUUCGUCAUUCAAGAUCGCCGAUCUCGCCCAGGCAUCCAUCAGCUUGACUGCACUCCUAGCAGCACAAAUACACGCCCUUCGCAACUCGGCACUGACUCCUGCUGUAACAGUGUCUCGCGAACAUGCAGUUAUUGAAUUCAAAUCUGAAAGACUUUACACAAUAGAUGGCCAGCCGGCACCCUCCUGCUGGGGUCCUAUCGGCGGACUGCAUAAGUCAGCCGACGGAUACGUGAGAGUUCAUGAUAACUUUCUAAACCAUUGCAAUGGUGCAAAAGUGCUGCUCGGGUGCUCUCUCGAUGCAGAUCGUGCGGAAGUUGGGUCUAAGAUUGCCUCAUGGAAGUCAGUAGACCUUGAAAUAGCAGCUUUCGAUGCUAAAGUGGUUAUUUCGGCUCUGCGAAGCUACUCAGAAUGGGAUGUCACACCCCAGGCGCAAGCUGUGUCGGACUUCCCAAUCACGCUCCGGAAGAUCGGGGAUGCCCCCGUUGGAUUUCCCAAAGGGAUGAAAGGCAACAAUGCAGACAAAGCUCUUAGAGGUCUUCGAGUUCUAGAAUUUUCUCGAGUGAUUGCAGCUCCCCUUUCUGGUAGGACUCUGGCAGUACACGGAGCGGAUGUUCUUUGGGUGACGAGCCCACAUCUACCCGAUAUUCCAGCCCUCGAUCGUGACCUUGGCCGUGGCAAAAGAACCAUUCAAUUUAAUUUAAACGAACUUCACGGUUCAUCGGAGUACCAAAGACUUUUGGAGGAUGCCGAUGUAGUCAUUCAAGGUUACCGUCCUGGUAGCCUUGCAUCGCGUGGGUUGAUCCCAGAGACUCUUGCACACCGAUUCUCUCAUCGGGGCAUCAUAUGCGCGAAUCUUUCGGCAUAUGGGCCUGAUGGUCCUUGGUCCGAUAAACGCGGCUACGACUCCCUUGUCCAGACAUGUUCCGGAAUGAAUGCUUCCGAAGCUGAGCACUACGGGGCUGGAGAGCCUGCACGACCCAUGCCAUGCCAGGCUUUAGAUCAUGCGGCUGGCUAUUUCCUUGCGUUUGGUAUCCAGGCUGCUUUGUACAAGCAAGCGACGGAAGGCGGAUCCUGGCAGAUUGACGUGUCCCUUGCGGGUGUCAUGAAGUAUUUAAGGUCGCUAGGUCAAUUUGAAGGGAAGUCGGGCUUCCAAAUCCCAGACAAUUAUAACUGUAUGGCAGACGUGCCUGCACAGUAUCUGGAGACAAGGGAUAGUGGAUUCGGUGAAAUGACUGCUCUUCGACAUUCGGCAUCCAUUGAGGGAGUUGAAGUUGGAUGGGAUAUCAUGCCAAAACCAUUAGGCUCGGAUGAAAAGAAAUGGCUGUAA